AUGUCUCGCUUCGCCAAUGCCGACUGCGAGUGCGGCUACUCCCUCGAUGGAACCAACAGCACAACGUCUGAGGUCUUCACUGAUCUUAUGGAAAACGAUUUCUUACACACCAGCGGCGACAAUAUCACAACAUUCGGUUGGCAGCCACAGGAGUACAAUGUCUCGGCCAAGGAUGCGCGAGGACCAUAUGGCAAAGAGUUCGAUGUCGCAAAUGCAGAGCUGAACCCGUUGAAAAACGGUCAGGCAUGGUCAGGCGACUCGGUGAAUGGCGGUGACGCAGGAUUGAAGCUGUGGGUUCGCGGUGACCAUUCGCAUGGGUUCAUAAGCGGUGCAGAAUUGGCUACAUUCUACAACAACUCGCAAGAGAUCGAUAUGGAAUUUCUCUCCAGGCAGUUUAACGAAUCCCAAGGAACAGUCCAACUAGUGCUGCAAUCUCCUCAGUCUGUGCGAAACGGUUACGACGCGUCCGGCACAGCCGGAUAUCAGGUCCAGCAUCUUCCAUUCAGACCAGAUGAGAAGUUCCACGAGUACCGCUUUGACUGGACGCCCGGCAGUGUCAUCUUCUACGUCGACGGCCAGAUCAUGCACGAGAUGACCCAGAACAUUCCAAGCGACCCCGGACAUAUGUUCAUGAACCACUGGAGCAACGGCGAUCCCCUGUGGUCGGCAGGACCUCCAGGACAGGACACGUCGAUGACUGUAUCGUACGUCAAGACGUACUUCAAUUCGACUGACCUGUCACGAAAUGACAAGCAUAAGAAGCAGUGCCCGACCUUUGAUCCCUCAAAGGUUUGCUCAAUACCAGCGCAGACUGUGGCGCCUGACGGCAACGAUGCUCAGACGUACUUCUUCUCUCAGGAGGACGGCAAAACACCUGGACAGACCAUAUAUCACACAACGAACGGCAACGGUGCCGGAAGGCUGUUCAGCGUACACAUCACGUAUAUCUCGAUCCUCGUCGGUUUCUUGAUCUGGGAAUUACUGUAG